UGUCUAUACCUAAACAAUACCAGGUUUUUCUUCCUUCUCACUCGGGAUUGUCUGUUCUUAGUCCACUUUCUCAGAAGUUACACACAUACUGAUAUACUGUUGACCGAGCUAGUCGGUUGUAAUCUUUGUUGUCAUCCUCUUAAAAGUUAUGUCUGUACCUCUUUGACCAUGCCCACUCUUCAAAGCAAAAGCGAUGUCCAUAUCUUGUUUUCAUCUCAGAUAAUAGGAUGCGACGAAUUCCCAGUAUUAUUUUCUUCUGAGAUCAACCUAGUUGGCCACCAAGCGAAGCGGGAGCGCUAUCCCAGCCCAUACAUGGAUUCCUCGUCGUCUGUAGAGGCUUCGUCGGAGCGACGAUCAGGGGUAGCAGGUUGCUUUCGCUUUGCCAUCCCUCAUGUCAUCCUCGUCACAAUGUACCUCAUGUAUCUCGCACUCGGCGGAGUCAUAUUCUCUGUCUUGGAAUCCUCGAGGUAUAAUCGACUCUCAGCCGAAGAACACAAUAAGAUUGCAGAGGCAGAACUUACCAAACAAACUAUAUUGGAUGCCUAUCGAAAUGCUUCCAUGGGUAUUGUCAAACUGGAGGAUGGAAACCUCACCGAUCUUCUUAAUUCUCUCAUCGACACCGUCAAUCAUCCCGACUGGAAGGCAGGACGACAAAAAACUCUGAUGAUGGGUCGGGACUGGUCGUUCCCGAGUGCGAUGCUCUUCUCGAUGACCACUAUCACAACGAUCGGAUAUGGCGAUUUAGUACCAGAAACCGUUACAGGCCAAGCCGUGUGUGUCGUUUACUCUGCCUUUGGAAUACCAUAUUCGUUCUUCCUUCUUGCGGACAUUGGCCAAGUACUGGCUUUAGGCUUUAUCAGGCUCAUCCGAUGGCUUAAACUGUGCCGAAGCAUGAGAAGUACAUCGAAGAAAAAGACGAAAGAAGCCGAAUUCUAUGAUGUCCAGACAGCGCAAACGCAACGACGUAAUUCAACAAGGAAACCAACAAGAAGAUUUCGAAGUGCAAUGCCAAACGUGACCAUGAGGCACAUGCAGUCCGUACGGUUUAGCGUAGACCCUGGCGAAGUCUUAGACAGGAAAGCUUUGCCAAAAACCAGUGUCCUUAACGAAACCAACGACAAAGUAAUCGGUAUGACAGUUCUCAGUACCACACAUGCAGAAGUAUCAUCGCCAAACACAAAUAACUCGGGACAAGACCAGUCGUCUCCCGCGAACUGCGUCGAGACGUCUGACAACAAUGGCUCUACCAUCACCACGACUGCACUUGAUGAAAAGAAAGAACCCGUUCAACCUAAAGACAUCAGCCGUGGUGAUGGUUCAGAACAUCAAAGCCAUGAGUAUAACGAUGACGAGGAAGACUAUGCAGCCGAUGAAGUAUCCCUAGCACUAGUUUUCUGUACUCUAUGCAGUUAUAUCUGUUUAAGUGCCUUUGCUUUUACAUUGGUGGAAGAUUGGAACUAUGGCACUGCCUUCUAUUUCACCUUCAUUACGCUCACGACAGUCGGUUUUGGCGAUGUCGUACCAGAAGAGCAGUAUGGAGGGAGUAGGUUCUUAUUUUGCCUUCUUUUUACAGUAUUCGGCCUUGCAGUGACAUCCAUGUGUAUAGCUCUUGUUCAGGAUAGAGUAUCUAAAGCAGGGCGGAGAUUAUUAGGGUAUCUAGACAGUAGACGACGUACAACGGACAUUGAAGAGCAGAAAAGUGUCUCUACCAGUAGAGAUGUACGUUGUAAGGAGGGUUGAAUGUGCCACUUUUCUAUGAUGACUAAGCCAGAGACUACCUUGAAAAUUAGCGUUAAUCUGGAGUAGUUGCCUUCGAUAUACAUCGCCCUUUCUUCCGAUGUCUCUAAAAGUUUAUAGGCCAGGGUCAAGAUCAUAGGGAUGAAUCUGGACCCCUUUUCUCCUAUGAAUUCUGCUUUAGGCAUUGUCAUACGAUAGACGCUCGCAGUCACCCAGAUGAGAAGGUAGCCAUGGACAAAUGAAAAAUCAUAUGUUCAGUGCUCUAAAAGGAAAGAAAUCAUUUACGUCCACAAUAGAAUUGACAAACAGAUCAUCAAGAAAGUCUAAAAUAGCCAAAAAUACACAUUGUAGACAAUCAUUCAAGGUUGCAUAAUAUCCAACCGAAAGGAAUAUUUCCCGCGAUAUAUUCAGAAGACUGUAACGUUUACUUUAUGUACUGUCCGUUUGGUCUCAUAAGGCAUGAUCAAAUUCUAGCUCGUCUAAUGAUAAUGAUAAUAUUAAUAUGCAACAUUUAUAUAGCGCUUAAGACAAUGUUUCUGCGCCCUGCAUGCUUUUACCCCUGCUUAAGCACGGCUUCCCUGAUCAGGUGCUCGAGCAUUCAAGGAGUUCCUACCUGAUAUGAUUUUACUACACCUGGGUGGAGAGUGGGAGAUAUAGAUAAACGCAUACCAAAGGACGCGAGUAUCAUGUUGGGAUUCGAGCCCCCGGACCUGUGGUUCAAAGUCCAGAUAUUUAUCCACUGAGCAACAACACCUCUACAACGGUGCGUGUGGUCUUAUUGACAUUUUGACAUCAAUCGUCCACUUUGACUAAUUUCCAGUAAGACCCAUUUGGCCUAAUAGGCACUUGAUCUAACACUACUAUAUGAAUGGAUGAACCGUUUAAGACCAAUUUUUAUUUGACAAAGUUCAAUAAAGAUAGUAAGCAGACGAAGGGGAAACUAGACCCAUUGGACAUAAGACUAAGUGGCAUUAAGACAAGUGAGUGUUAUACUGGGAGACAGUUGACCAUGUGGGUUUUGCCAUGAUGAUAAGGCUAUCUAAGAAUGGGACCAUCUUCUUGUAGACCAAGUGGAUAUAAAGUGACUGAAAGUUUGAGAAGAAGAUUCUCGCUACUCGCCAGAAACCUUGCCAUUUUCUUGUAUGUGUUUCACGAGUAUGAACUCCUCAUAGUACUUUUGCGAUAUAAUUAUUUCGAGAACCGAAUUUUCGUGGGUAGCACUGAAAGAAAAAUGGAGGAUAUCAUUUUAAUUACUAUUACUUUUUGAUGUAAAUUACUUUUAGUGUAGAUAUAAUGAAGUAUAACUUCGUGACGUAAUUUAUUCAAUUUGAAUUAGACUAUUCUAUUCGAUUCGGGGGGAUUAAAGGCCAUACCUAUAACCAAAGGAAUUGUUUUGCGACCGAUCAGAGACAGCAGUCAGGGGGGCGUCUCUAAAAUAUAAAAGUUUCUUCAUCUAACCGAGGAGACGUAUAUGUGUCGUCUUAAGAUAACACGGAUAAGGCGACAAGAACUUUGCUCGACAGUUGGUCAAAAGGAUUCUGCUUCAAGUCUCAAAGUAGUCGCUGCGAAGUCUCGGAAACUUUUUAGUUGCAGAGACGUCUGAGAGAUGUUUCCGAAGUAACCACCUGGAGACUUUGCAGCAACAUUCCCCCGACUGUCAUGGCUGUCGGGCAUAGUGCUUGACACCUUCCCUGGACAUGCUGGAGACGUCGCAGAGAGUGGCUAAUCCGAAGAAACUUUUAUGUUGGAGACGUCUUCGCGACUAUAUUGCAUGAUGUGUCGCAGAUAUUUCCCCAUAUUAAUUAUCAAGUAAACACCUUCACUAUGUCUUAUCAGUCUUUCUGGUCCUCUGUAUGUCUCCGCGACGUCUCUAAGAGGUCUCAUCUCGGAGACUUUGCAGAGACAUCGCGGAGACGUGUCAGCAGUCGGGGAUGCGAUUAGUCCCGCGAUGUGUCUGCAGUUGAUAAAUAUCUCGGAGGCGUCGUGGAGACAUUACGAGUACUGAAAAAAAGUCAGAAAAAGGUCUAAAAACUAGCAUGUUCGAUUUUCUAACGAGUUCUCGCAGACUACAUAAUUUCGAGUAGAUGAAUCGGAGACGUUGCGAAGAUGUUUCUACAAAUUGCCAAAUAUGGAGUCGCAAACUAGUCGCGCACAAGUUGCAAGCCCAGUGAGAAAUACACUUAAAUGAGAAAUAACCAGUACAUCAAUUCUGAGAAGACAAAGGAUUUGGUAAAUCAUAAAAUUGAAAACUUACUGAUCAACUUGAGAAUUCACGGAAGUGAUUUGGUCGUGCGAGAUAUUCAUGGUAUACUGCACGUUUUUGGUUCACAGUGUCACUGUUGAAUAUAUCUAUUUCUUCAUCAUUGGUUUAAGUCUUCUUUUCAGAGGCUUUGAUUACCAUUAUUUAGGCAAGUUUUGUUUCGCAUUGAUGCCUUCUUGGUUAUUACAAUACCUUGUCAUGUAUUUUUUUUUGUAUUUUCUGUCUUAUCAAUAUUUUAUACCAAUGUUGAUGGCACACUCAACACAACCCUCAUUGCAUGACCUUUGUCGAAUGGUGCACUUAUUGGUGCGCUGAUGGCGCAUUUAUUGAUAUGUUUUGCGCUGUAUCCAUUUUUUACAAACUAAGUAAAAGCAUAUGAUUUAUAUUUCAAGGUGUUCCGAGAUAGUUUUUUUUUAUCUAAACGUAUAUACAUGCCCUUUUUGGGGCGGGGUAAAUUCAAUAUUUCAUUUUGUGUUAGAACAUUCACUUCGAUGUCCAAAUAUACACUUUAGAAAAGUGUGGAGUAUAACUAUUCAAUAAAUGAAUAACUUUCACUGAGUUGAACGUUUUAGUUCAUUGUCUGAAGUUUUGAUUAUCGUUUUCAUAAUGUACCCCAUUAUUGUAUAUUUAUUCAAACUCAUUUACACCACUUUGUAACCACAAUGUCUUCCUGGGAACGUAGUAUUUGUAGUGAUGUCAACAUGACACUUAUCUCCAAGCUAUAUUCUGACAUUCCUAAUCGUAUCUUUGGACGACAUCAAGUCAUAUUUCUGAAUAUCAAUAUAUCAUUAAUAAAAAAAUCAAUUUCCAAAGAUUCCGCCUUCCUUAUCAUAAUGUCAAAAAGGUGUAUAUGUAUUUCGGAAUUCGAAUACCAACUAGAAUAUCAAUUUUAUUUUACCAUGAUAGUAUUAUCCAGACAAAUCAAUGCAGAAUGAGUAACUAAGAUUAUUUGAAACAUUUUUAAUUACUCGUUCCACCAUCGUUGUAGAAGCGAAUCGAAUAAUACAAAUAUUUCCCCAUGUGCAAAAAUAUACACCGAUGCAAGUGACACUUAUAUUUAUUCUUAUGCAUAUGGGAUAUUGUAUGGAUCUAAAGUUUGCUUGGUAUAAAAGUCUUUAUCCGUUCUCAAUGCAGUUUAGUUUUGAGAGGUUCAUUUUAACGAAGUUUUUACUUUUAACGAUUAUGCUUAAAUGGAAUCUUUCUUCAAGAGAGGCCAAAACAGAUCCAAGCGUGCAAACCAGGUACAAAUAACAGAGAACUCAAAUAAAAUGACAAAAAAAUACGUUAUUGCAAUAGUCUAAAAAUGCAAUUGAAGCUGAUUUUGCCUUUGUUAAUUAAUUUAUUACCAUCUUUUAAUUUUUUUAUUCGUAGGCCUUAUUUAUUUAGUACUCGUGCAGUUAAGAUCUUAGAUUUGAUAAAAAUCAAACAAACUGAAAUGUCAAUAUUUUCUUUGCGUCAUAAAUGUUAUGAAAUAUGGUAUAAUAUUUCGAGUACCAGUAUUCAGAAUGUUCGUAAUUCCCUUUCGUCUCAUUUUGGUGCAAUUGCAGACAUGUAUUGAAUAACAGUCAUACUUAAUUAUAUUAAUAUUCAAGUGUACUAAUAUGAAAUGUUUGGUCACAUUAAGAUUUUGCACACAAAAAAUAGUGUCAUUUUAUUUGAAACCAACUUCGGGGGCGGGGGGAUGGAAAUGCCAGCAUUAAAGAAGCAGAUCUAUUUGACAAGUGUCUCGGUAAUUUGUGGUAAUGGCUUGCCCGAUAUGGAUACGCCAAAGAUGAAUGUACAUGCAAUAAAUAUUAUAUCAUAUAUGUUGAAUACUUAAACUCAUUGACGGUCAUAGCUUACAAGACUGUUUUUAGGGUUCAUUAACUUGCAUGUCACAUCCUAGAUAUCAAAUGAUUCCAACAGCAUUGAGAAUAUUAUUGUCUUUUUCAGUGUAGGAAUUUGGCAUUUGAUAUGGAGAUUUUACCUAACUUUAAACAGUAAACUUGCAAAGAUGUCUCGAAACAAUGUAGGAAUACGUAGUAAUAAUAAUGACACUACUACUGUUACUGCUACUGCUACUACUACUACUACAACUACUAUUACUACUACUACUACUAAUAAUAAUAAUAAUGACGAUAUAAGUUAUCAUUGCGAUGAUCUUAACCUAAAAAAACCCAGAAAAAACAAUGAUGAUAAUUAUUACAAGGAUAAUCUACAUAGACGCUACACUUAGCAGUUAAAACGACUAAAGAAACAUAUCCAAUUUCCAUCUAUCUGUAUUUGAUUCACACAAUGCAUUUCAAAUCAAUUAUAUAUUUCUUACUUUUAGCACUUUUAUUGUAACCUCGGAAAUGUAUGUUAUUGCUUAAUAAACAUGCUCAUAAACUAAACACGAAGAACUAAUGUCUUCAAUUUCUUAGCUACACAGAAUAUUUUCACUACUAUUUUUAUAAUAAAUGAUGUACAUGUAAAUGUAUGCAAAUA